AUGGGCGACGUCGAGUCCGCCACGGUGAAGCUCGCAGAGCUGCUGCGACACCCAGAGGACCUCGACAAGAUACCGGCGCUGAAAGCCGAGUUUAUGCGCAAGAAGGCUGCUGUAGGCUUGAUAGAUGGCCAACUCCGACAUGGGCUGAAAGAGCAGCUCGAGUUGACCCAGUCGGGCAUGAGCAGCAUCACCGAGGGCCAGCGCACCGUCAACCUGAUCAAAGAGGAGAUGAUGAAGAUAGACAAGCUAUGCGCCGAGGCCCAGAAUAUGAUUCAGGACUUCCCGCACAUCAACCUGGUUGCGCAAACACACAAGAACUUUGAAUCGGUGGAGAAGAUGCGCAAUGACAUCGAGGCCUUUGAGGAGCGCCUGGAGAACCUCGAGAUCCUGCUGGCACAGGACGACGAAGACCCUGCGAACCAGCCGAACCUGCUACAAGUACACUACGGUCUGACCCAACUACGAGACAUCCGCGACGAAGCCAUGGGCCAGAUCAAGAACAGCGACUCUUCCACCGAACUCAUCGAUAACCUCACACUAGAGAGUGGUAUCACGGUGCAGGACCUCUUCGCGCGCUUGGACGAUGUCGUAGAGUGGUUUGACAGGCAUAUCGGCGAGGCGUGCAUAAACCUCAUACAGUUGGUGCAGACCGACAACGUAGGCAUGGUGGUCCGCUUGGCCGUCGUGAUUGAGGAAGAAGAGAAGACGGACAAGAAGAUCAAAGCGCUGCAAGAUGCGCAGAGAGAGUUCGGAGAUCUCGCUUCUCGCUUCAAGUCCAUCACACAAGGGCCCAAGGAGCUUCGCGGCUACAAGGAGAAGUUCAUUACCUCCAUCGAAUAUGUUUGCAAGGCAGAGAUGGACGGAGUGAGAGAACAAUUCCAAGAAGACCCCGAGAAAGUCGAAAAGUACUUCAAGUGGUAUUUCAACAACCUGAACACAGUCAAGCUGGGUAUGGUCGAGCUCAUGCCGAAGAAGUGGAAGAUCUUUGACACAUACACCAAUAUCUACCACAAGCAGAUGCACGACUUCCUCAUGGAGUUUGCCGAUGACGAAGCUCUUGGGCCGCAAUACCUGCUGGCUGUCAUCAACUGGGUGGACAAGUACUACGUCAAGAUGCAGAAGCUUGGGUACUCGGAAGAGCAACUACAGCCACAUGUCAUCGACAACCGCAGUCCCGAGCUGAUACGUACCUACCGCUCCGUUAUCAUCCAGGCUGUGGAUCAAUACAUGGAACGCAUCAAUACACAGGAUAGGCAGAGGUUCGUGCAGCAAGACAAAACUGCAUAUGAGACCAACUUUGACGGUAUCCUCCAAACGAAGGCUCUUGGAGACGUCUGGACGCUUUUCAGCCAGAACAUCGGUGUCGCUGCCAGUAGUCAGCGUCCCGACGUUGCUGAUGGUGUAGUCGACUCCAUGUUCCGUGCCCUAUUGUCUCGCCAGCGUAUAUGGACGCAACUGAUCGACGAAGAAAAGGCCAAAUACCUCGGACCUACUCCCGCGCAAGAUGAAGAUGAUAUAUAUGUCUUGCAGGAGUGGCUCAUCGCUCUUGCAAACGACCAGAUCAUCUGCAUUGACGAUGACAUUGACGGCAGUGGUCAAGCCUCCUUCCUGAGCGUCUUUGAGCGUGAAGUCACGCCUAUCGUCUCCCAGGAUUACAUGAUCGACAAGCUGGCCAAGAAUGUAGACGAGGCCAAGAACGGCUAUAUUGACAUUUCAUCGCACUGCAUACAAGUCUUUAGCGAGCUCAUCUUCAUGGUCGAUCUUAAGCCUGUGCUUUCCAAAUUCUUCACCGUCGAGUGGUACUCGAGGCAGGAUAUGGCAUCGAUCAUCACAACGUUUAAAGACUACGUGGAUGAGUUUCUCCCUAGGAUCCACCGCUCGCUACAGGAUCUUAUCAUCGAUUCUCUCGCUGACGAGCUGCUGGUUCAAUAUCUCGGGGCUGUGCGCAACAAGGGUGCCAAGUUCAAGAGGACGGAUCAGUUUGCAGACAAGAUGAAAGACGACCUUUACACAGCGUUCGAGUGGUUUGUGUCGUUUGGUGAGCAAGGUCGCGAUAUCAAGGACCGAUGGCGCGCUGUGCAACAGUUCCUCAAGCUGCUGGAAUGCGACAAGUCGCAGGUGCAGUUUGCGUAUGUGGAGUUCAAGAAUGCUUAUCGGGAUGUUAGUAUUACAUGGGUGGAAGCUGUUUUGAGAACAAGGGAUGACUUUGACCGGGGCAUGUUGAACGCGGUUAAAGCAAAGGCCGCAGAACCUAUAGCAGACGAUGCGCCUCCUGAUCCAAUCAUGGGCAGGGUGAAGUAA